GCCCUCUGCCACCUCCCUUCUUUCCCAAUCCACGACUGCCGUAUCCGGAGAAGUGGUUUGCAUAUGCAGUGUCAAUCGAUGCAUAAGAGAUCGAGGGUCCGGCACGAGUAUCCUUUGGUCCCGACGUACUAGGGAGCAUGCAAAACAACACCAAUGAUAGUUCCAUUUCCCAUUUCAUUUCCUCUUUUCUCCUCGUCCAUCCAUCCAUCCAUGCUUUCAUUCAUUCCUUCAUUCGCCCACACCACACCUUCAAACCUCCACAACAACCACUCAUUCGUUCAUUCAUUCAUUCAUCUCCAUCUCCAUCUUCAUCUCUCCCCUCCGCAUCUUUUAAUCAUUGAAUCUCCAUCCCGAACUGUAUGUUUCAUCUCUUUCGACUCUUGUUUUACGUCCUUCCUUGGCUCUAACCUCUUUCACCUUUUCUUUCGAUCGAGGUUACUACCUAAUUAGUACCUAGUAGUUGCCCGUUCCCGUUACCUUCACCUCACUCUCCCCCGUAUCCCUACUUAUCUCUUUUUCUUUUUCCCUCUCCUUGCAUCAUUCGUACAACCUCAGGUGCACCUCGGACUUCAAUCACAACAUACCUCUCACUCUCCUUUCAAAAUAUCAUUGGACCCCAACCCAUACAAUGGAAUCAAUCAUUCUCCCCUCGCCGGGUCUUCACGAUGUAAUUGAAACCUUGCAACAAGACGCUCCCGAUAAAUCAAAUGCAACGCUCAAUCGAGCUCGAUUGGCUUCGUUCUCAACCACUCGAGAUUCGAGUAUCUCAUGGGGUCGACGGCAUCAUCAUGGUUCGUGGUUGCAUUCCUUGGGAUGUGCAAGUAUCAUGCUUCUAUGCCCAGUCAUUGUUAUAUUCUAUUGGGUCGCACUUUCACGCUUUGAAGGUUCCUUAACUUCAGCAUACAAAUCAAUGGCCAUGAUUGGACCCGUCAAUUUCUUUUGGCAACAUGCACCUCGCGGAAAUUGGAGAACGAAUAUUGGCUAUGGAACGUGGCUGUUGUUCCAGGCAAUCCUGUACCAAUUCUUACCUACCGAAUUGAGUACAGGUCAGCUCACUCCAGCUGGGAAUCUUCUCAAAUACCGCACAAAUGGUCUUUCCGCUUGGUUUGUCACUCAUGCUUUGUUCCUUAUUUCGUCAUAUUGUGGACUCUUAGAUCCAGCAAUUCUCGCAAAACAUUGGCAAGCGUUGUUGGUCUCGGUGAAUGUUUAUGGCUUCCUCUUGUCCGGAUUUGCUUAUUUGAAAGCUCAUCUGUGUCCAACUCAUGAAGGCGAUCGAAAAUUCAGUGGAUCCGUCUUGUACGAUUUGUACAUGGGAAUUGAAUUGAAUCCUAGAUUUGGAAACCAUUUCGACUUCAAAUUGUUCCACAAUGGACGACCUGGGAUAGUUGCCUGGACUCUUAUUGACAUGUCCUUCAUCGCGUAUCAGUAUCAAACCUACGGAUAUAUUACCAAUUCCAUCAUUCUAAGUACAUUCCUUCACGGUCUCUACGUUGUGGACUUUUUCAUCAACGAAGAUUGGUACCUUCGAACCAUCGAUAUCUGUCAUGAUCACUUUGGUUUCUACCUCGCAUGGGGAUCCAUGGUUUGGUUGCCAUCCAUGUAUACUCUUCAAACCCAAUAUCUUUCAAGAUAUCCUCACUCUCUAUCACCCCUUAACGCCGUGAUGCUAUUUAUUUCAGGCGUCAGUGGUUAUAUUAUCUUUCGAAGCGUCAAUCACCAAAAGGAUCUCGCUCGUCGCACCAAAGGCAAUUGUCAACUCUGGGGUGCCCCAGCAGAUGUUUUACACGUCAAAUAUCGAACCAAAGAUGGCAAAGAACAUGACAGCAUUCUUCUUUGCUCUGGAUGGUGGGGCAUGGCGAGACAUGUCAACUAUUUGGGCGACCUCAUCCUUUCUUAUUCCAUGUGUGCAGCUUGUGGUACCCAUAAUUUGUUGCCAUGGACGUAUGCAAUUUUUAUGACGAUUUUGUUGAUUCAUCGCUGCUGGCGGGAUGAGGAGAGGUGCUCAAAGAAAUAUGGGAAGGGAUGGGAAACUUAUUGUGAGAAGGUGAGGUGGGUUAUCUUGCCGGGUCUUUACUAGAUCGCGAGAGAUAGGUGCGGGAGUGUCAAAAGUUGAGGAACAGGGCAUGGGGAUUAUACGGCUAAAAGUGAAUCAUUUUGGGUCGCAAGUAUAAGAUGGUAAUGGUGGAAGAUGGCAUUAUAAGAUACUAGUAGUAUACCAUGGGAAAAGAUCAAUAGAGAAAGCUUCAAUGUGGACACGGAGGAGGUAAUUGCAUCGAAUUCCUAAAACAAUCGGAAUGGGAACGAAGAUGAAACUCGUUGAUGAAAUCGAGCGAUGGAUGCAGGCAUGGGCUGGGCAACGAAAAUAGAUCCUAGACAAACAGAAACAGAAUAAUAAAUUUAGAUUGCAACGUCAUUGAAUCAACUCUAUCAAAUUCUGAGCA